GGCGCCCAAUCAGCGCGCGCGGCUCAUUAAUAGUGACUAGACGGCCCCGCCCCCGGCCCUCGCGGCGCCACCGCCCGCGCAGACCCGGAGCGCGGCCGCGGACGAAGAUGGCGACCGCCAUGUACUUGGAGCACUACCUGGACAGUAUCGAGAACCUUCCCUGUGAGCUUCAGAGGAACUUCCAGCUGAUGCGAGAGCUGGACCAGAGGACGGAAGACAAGAAAGCUGAGAUUGACAUCCUGGCUGCAGAGUACAUCUCCACCGUGAAGACUCUUUCCUCCGACCAGCGAGUGGAGCACCUGCAGAAGAUCCAGAGCGCCUACAACAAGUGCAAGGAGUACAGUGACGACAAGGUGCAGCUGGCCAUGCAGACCUACGAGAUGGUGGACAAGCACAUCCGGAGGCUGGAUGCAGACCUGGCUCGCUUUGAGGCGGACCUGAAGGACAAGCUGGAGGGCAGCGACUUCGAGAGCACUGGAGGACGGGGGCUAAAAAAAGGUCGAGGUCAGAAAGAAAAGAGGGGCUCCAGGGGUCGCGGCAGGAGGACCUCAGAAGAUGACACCCCAAAGAAGAAGAAGCAUAAAGGAGGGUCGGAGUUCACCGACACCAUCCUGUCCGUGCACCCCUCCGACGUGCUGGACAUGCCCGUGGACCCGAACGAGCCCACCUACUGCCUCUGCCAUCAGGUGUCCUACGGGGAGAUGAUCGGCUGCGACAACCCGGACUGCCCCAUCGAGUGGUUUCACUUUGCCUGUGUGGACCUGACCACGAAGCCCAAAGGAAAAUGGUUCUGUCCCCGCUGUGUUCAAGAGAGGAGGAAGAAGAAGUAAGGCCGGGGAGGACACUGGACAAGACGAGCGAGUUAACAUGUUCCCUCGUUCAUGUUGCAAUAUUUUACGUUUAUUUUAAAACUACCUUGUUUCCAACGAUAUUUAAUAACUCAACGGCCAGUUGUCAUUCUGGAUGUUUCCUUGAACAGACGAGAAGCCACCUGAGCCCUGUUGCACAGAGAAGCAAUCUUAGGGGACUUGCCACAGUGACUCCGAUCUCGUGACUUUCAUACAGACCCCAGGCCCUGAGCGCGGUGGUCACCCUGGUGCCCCCGGGACUCCGUGGGGUGCAUGGCUGGUGUGCUGCCGUUGCGUCGCAUUUGGAGCCAUGAGCCCUGGCGUCUGGCUGGCUUCCUGGGGCGGCUCGCCAAGGCCCCGGUGCCACCGCGGGCAUCUCUGAGCCUUGCCGGGAGCCCAGGGUGCGCCCGGAAGCGCCAGCUCUCCCCGGGGCUUCUGCCUCGCUGUGCACUGCCUUUGCGUUUGAACUGCCUGUUCCCUCCAUGAGGGGUUUUCUUUCUGGAGUAAACAAGUGUCCACUAGCAAACGGGCUGUGGGUGCCGUGACCAGUACGGAUAAGAGACGGUCCAGCGGAAGGGCCGAUGGCCCGUUUCUCCGGGAAUUCUGACUCUGUGCUGUGAAGAUGAGUUAUCGUGGUAGCGUGAAGACAGUGGUCUGUGUGAGUAUGAAGUGAGCCCAGGCUGCCGGGAGCUGACCUGAGGCCUGCUGACUUGCACAGCAGGUCAGCCGCUUAGACUGAGCGGUGACGAUUAUGUGCCGUGAUUCUGAGCCUCCCGUGCCGCAGGAGCAGUUCUGCAUGAAGUGAGGAAGCCCGCGUGUCUCUCCUCCCCAAUCAGCACAUGGUCUUGGACCCGCCGUGCUGGUCGCAGCGUGGGUGGUCCAGGCGUGGACGCUCUGCGUGGCUUCUGCAGGCACCCUCUCCCCUGAGGCCGUCCAGGCGUGUGUUUGGAAGGCAGCGGGCAUGGCGGCUCUGCCUCAGGCCCGGGGUCUGCGACAGACUGGAGGCCCAGCUUCCCGGCCUGGACAAAGCGUGUCCUGUCUGUGAGGAGGGCCAUCGACAGGAACCCACCUGCUUCCCCCUGACGGCCGCCCGUCCUGUGCUCUUCCGAGAGAGGGGACAGUGAGCAGGAGCCGCAGAGGCUGUGUCCUGUGGGGCCACUGCCCACAGGGCAGCUACCAUCCGGCAGGCGACCGGGGCCACCCUGGGUCUGCAUCCGAGCGCCCUGCGUCUGACCCAGUCCUUGCCAGAGGGAGCUGGGAGGCGGCGGGCAGUCUGUGCAGCGUGUGGCCCCUGGGGCUCCCGUGGGCCGGUGCAGGGUCUGGCCACGGCUGCCCCUCGGCCCCGGGCUCGUCCCGGCCACGCGGCGUUCCUGAGGAAGGGCCCGCUGGCACCCUCAGCCUCUGCCUCGGCCGGAAACCCUGGGGGAGUUGGUGUUUAGUAACUUAGGUUUUUGUUAGCAUGGAUUUUAAAGAUUAAGGGGAGUAAAUUGUGGAAAAGUUUUUUUUUUCACUCCUUUACCAGUUUUUGUGGAGAAGAUAGGUAAGUACAGUACCCUUGUGGUGAUUCCUCAUAAGCUCAUUUCAUCUUCGACCCAUUCACACCACUGUUCCCACGGGACGGGGGAUUUGUGGAUGCAGGUGGACGGCGGUCCUGAGCCUCAGCGGGGUGCCCGCCGCCCCGGCCGUUCCCCAGGAGGGUGACUGACUUCCCUGCCGGCAGCUUUCGUUUAAAGUUGGCUGGUGUCGCCCUGCUUGUCACCGCGUAACGUGCCAUCUGUGCACCUUUUUGGGAAAGUUUCUGUGCUUAUAUGUUUCCAGUGUUUACUUUUGCUGGUUACAGUAAUAUCACUGAAAUAACAUGCACGUAGCUUUGGAGAAAAUGGAAAACACGAGCAGAAGAGAGAGGGUCCCUGGAACGUUUUUGGGCCCCGGCUGAAUGCCUCCUGACCGUGCCGCCGCCCGCAAGGCGGAAGAUGCUGCGGAGGCCCUGUGGUUGGGAGCGUCCCGGCCCGCGCUGCUCGCCCCUCGCCUGCCGCCCCCGUCAGGAUGAGACGCUCGCUGGUCUCGGGCGCUGGCGCCGGGGGCGGGCAGGCACCGCCACAGCAUCCCUGAGCCCGUGAGGGCGCGGGCCCCCAGGGUCCUCGGGGUCUGCUUGUGAGGGGAGAGGCUUCUUGUGCAGAGAAGCGGCGCCGUCCGUUUCCAGUCCUGCUCGUGUCCGUCAGCAGUGGUUGAAACAUCCGCUCGUUUUCCCGCAGGAGAGCACGCGCUGCGUAGUAGGAGCAGGUGGUAAGCCGCGCCCCCGCCUCUGCGGCGGAGCUCGAGGGGCUCACGGCUGGCACACAAGGCCUGUGACUGUCCCUGCCACGGGCUGGGCCCCUGAGCAGGCGGACACGAUCCUGGUGCUGGCAGGGCCACCUGAGCCGGGCGGCCCCCAUCUGCCCCAAGGCGGCAGCCUCCUGGACGCAGCCCCUGGGCAGUUGCGGGGGCGCGUGGGACACUGGCCGGCCGCCUGUCAGUCCUGCCUCCUGACCCGUCGCCGGCAGCCCUCGGCCAGGACUGCUUUGAGCAGUAACACUGUCCAAGGAGCAGCUUCCCCGUGUGGCCGCAGCCAGGGACUGCCCUGUGCGGGGCUGGGACACUUGGCAUUUCAGGCUUUCCUCAGCUUUUUGUGAACAGUGUGGUUGGUCUUCAUUACCUGUGAUGAGAGGAAUUUUAAAGUGGGAAGUCUAAGAAAAGCGUUCUCAUUCAGGAGAGAGUUCUGUGAAGUUUCCUCCCCGCUAGUAUGUAUCUGUGGUGUUCAUCUUACCACAUCUCAUCCAAAAAGAUGAUGCAGCUUUAACCUGAAUGUUACAUUGUGUUUUCAAGGAAUUAUUAUUGAUGUUCUCUUUGUAAAAGAAAAAAAUAUUGUAAAUCUUUUUAUUAAAUAAUGUAAAGAUGUAUAUCUGUAUUUUUGGAUCAUGUUAUAGAUGAUGGAUAUAUUGUUUAACGAAUAAAGUAUUUUUUGGAACAAA